AUUGCGUAGGGCGCAAAGUGCACCGCCGCCGCUACAUCCGAGGGUGCUUCGUGCCUUCGUCUGCUCGCUUCAUCUGCUGGGCGGUGGCUCGGCUGCUCCGGCUCCGGCUCCGGGGAGAAUCCGGCGUGAGCGAUUGGGGAGUGGGCCUGCCUCGACGGCGUUGAAGCGGGACCGCCGGGAUGUCGCCAGCCGCCACCUUCUCGGCGCUGCUCCGCGGGCUGCCGCCGCCGCGGGGCCGGCGCCUCCUCGUCGCCGCCGCCGCGCGAGCGCACAGCACGGCCGGCGGGAGCCGCGCGCGCGGUGGCCUGCCCCGUUUCCAUUCCCCGACGCUCCCUUCGUCCAAGGGUGAAGAGGUUCGAAUCCAAGGAGACGAAUUCUGGCACAUGACAAGAGUCUUGCGCCUUGGCAUAAAUGACAGGGUUGAACUAUUUGAUGGCGCGGGUGGUUUGGUUGAAGGAUCUAUACAAAAAGUUGACAAAGGCGGUUCAGAUGUGAAGUUGCUUGAGGAUGCUAGACUCAUUGCUCCUGAUGGCAUUCAAUGGCAUGUUUAUGCUGCAUUUGGGACAUUGAAAGGUGGACGUGCAGAUUGGCUUGUAGAGAAAUGUACUGAGCUUGGAGCUUGUAGUGUUACACCUCUUCUUACAGAGCGAUGCCAUACAAUAGCAGAAAAUAGAGUUGACAGAUUGCAAAGGCUUGUGUUAGCUGCAGUUAAACAAUGCCAGAGAAUACAUGGAAUGUUGCUGAAUCCCCCAAUUCAGAUAGCUGACCUUCAGCCUGUUGUAUCACAGUCAAAGCUCGCUUUCGUAGCUUCAGCAGAAUCACCUCCUCUUUUAAGCACUUUGCCGAAGUCCUGCAAUGAAGAAAGUGGGCUUUUGAUUGUUGGACCAGAAGGAGAUUUCACGGAAGAGGAGGUAAACGUUUUGAAAGCAUCAGGCGCUGUUCCUGUAGGUCUUGGUCCAUGCAGACUACGAGUUGAGACAGCCACAAUUUCACUGCUAUCUGCGCUCAUGCUGUGGUCAGAUGCUCAUCGCCAGGAAACACUGAAAUGCAGGUAGUCAAUGUAGAGCUGUCACCCAUGUGCUACUUUAUACUCGCAUUAUGUCCAAACCUUUUGAGGUGAUAUCCUCUUAAGCAAGACAUUUUAAGGUGAUUUUCUUUUUGCCUUUGAAAUGUUUUUCAAAACCUAGUUGGGCUUAUCAAGGAGCAAAAUCAAAGAGAAUCGUUCCACUGGAUCUAAGUGAGCAUCUCUGUAACAGCAUGACAAUUAUGGACUGGUCAGUGGUACUAACAAAAUCAGGCAAAACGUUAUGGAAAAGAAACAAAGUCGUCAAUUUGUUGAUAUUA